CAUCAUCAUGAAAUUCCUGAUCGUUGCCUGUGUCGCCGCUGUGGCAGUUGCCGCCCCUCAGUACAGCUACGAUGGCCCACGUGCUGUGUCCAGUGAGGAGCGCGAGUUUGUCCCAAUCCUUAAGGACGACCGCGUCCACGAGGAAGAUGGAACUUACAACUUCGACUUCGAAGCUGCCAACGGCAUCAGCUUCUCUCAGGCUGGAUCCCCCGACGGUGAUGAGGACGCUGUGAUCAAGGCUGGAGAAUACUCGUACACUGCUCCUGACGGCACUGAAAUCCACCUUACCUUCGUGGCUGACGAGAACGGCUUCCAGCCUCAGGGUGACCACCUGCCCGUGGCUCCCGAAUUCCCUCACCCAAUCCCUCAGUUCGUCCUCGACCAGAUCGCAAAGGCCGCCGAGGAGGACCGCAACCGUGCCCGCAGCGACGAUUCCGAUGAAGUUUCCGUCCCAUCCAGCCUCUACGGACGCCCUAACUAAAUUUCAUAAAAAGAAAAACGAUAUUUAUUCUAUUUAUGA